AUGGACUCGCCGGGCCCGUGCGGGGACCAGCUGCUCGCCUCGGCGGCGGCGGCGGAGCGGCCGUCCGAGCUGGCCGCGCUGCGGGCGCUGGUGGACCGGGUGCGCGCAGGGGAGGUGGAGGCGGCCCGCGAGGUGCGGCGCCUCACGCGGGCAUCCGCCAGGCACCGCCGGAAGCUCGCCGCCGCGGUCGAGCCCCUCGUCGCCAUGCUCCGCUCCGGCGCGCCCGACGCCGGCGAGGCCGCGCUCCUCGCGCUGCUCAACCUCGCAGUCAGGGACGAGAGGAAUAAGAUCAAAAUACUUGAUGCUGGUGCGCUUGAGCCGCUGCUUGAUUACUUGCAGUCAAGCGAUCUAAACCUACAAGAGUAUGCAACUGCUGCUAUCCUUACGCUCUCAGCCUCAUCUACAAAUAAGCCGCUGAUAAGUGCAUCAGGAGCAAUCCCUCUCCUUGUAAAGGUCCUCAAAGAGGGGAAUCCACAAGCAAAGAACGAUGCGGUGAUGGCUCUUUACAACCUCUCCACGAUUGCAGAUAACCUUCAAGCCAUACUUUCUGUCCAACCUAUUCCCCCUUUGAUAGAGCUAAUGAGGGGUGGCAAGAGGUCUUCCAAGACAGCUGACAAGUGCUGCGCGCUUUUGGAAUCAUUGCUUGCCUUCGAUCAAGGCCGAGUGGCCCUAACUUCUGAAGAAGGUGGAGUGCUCACCAUCGUGGAGGUACUCGAGGAAGGCUCCCUUCAAGGUAGAGAGCACGCCGUGGGAGCACUCCUAACAAUGUGUGAGAGCGACCGGAAUAAAUACAGAGAUCCCAUCCUAAAUGAAGGAGCGAUCCCUGGCCUUCUGGAGCUCACAGCGCAUGGCACUCCCAAGUCUAGAGUCAAGGCUCAUGCUCUUCUGGACUUACUGCGGAACUCACCUUACUCAAGGUCGAAGAUGCAGCCAAACACGCUAGAGAACAUCGUAAGCAACAUUGCGUCUCAAAUAGAUGGGGAGGACCGUGGUGGGAAGGCUAAGAAGAUGCUCGCGGAGAUGGUGAAGGUCAGCAUGGAGCAGAGCCUGAGGCACUUGCAGCGCCGGGCUUCCUUCGCUUGAUGUUGCUUGCUUGCUCAGGUGACCACCACCCUGUUUUGCGAUGGAAGUAGAAGAGAUAGUGGGAAUAACGAGAUUGCUGGAGAUGCCGGUCCAGGCCUCGACAGGACCGAGUGACUGGUGUAAGCGCUCAUAUACUUAAAGCUCUUGACAUAGUUCCCAUUUUCCGUUUCGAUCUUGCGUGUUGUUUUGAAAGAGAAAGGACACAUUUUCUUCCUGUUAUUGUUUCCCUGUCCCUUGUUCUGUGCAUAUAUCAAAAGCAAAAGAGUAGAAAGAGGAAAAGACAAAAAAAAGAGGCAUAUCUCCUUUGAGGAAAGGAUUGUACAUGAUAUAAAGUAAAGAUCCCUUUCUUCAUGCCUGAAAA